GAAAUUUUGUUAUCGGCUAUUAUGAGUGUGGGAUUUGUGGGUGGAAACAUUUGUAAACAAUUGUUUUCGCAAAAAAGUUUAAACAUGGUUAUAAAAGCCGCUCUUAUUGAUUUAAGUGGAACUUUGCAUAUAGAUGAUGAACCGACUCCAGACGCUGUAAGCGCUCUAAAAAGGUUGCGCGAUACAAAUAUUCACAUAAAAUUUGUAACUAAUACUACAAAGGAGUCGCGUAAAACUCUACAUGAGCGUUUACGAAAAAUUGGUUUUGAAUUGGAAGCGCAUGAAAUUUUUAGUUCAUUAAGUGCAGCCGCGAAUUAUGUUGAGAAGGAGAAACUAAACCCCAUGUACUUGUUAAGUGAAGAUGCAAGGUCGGAUUUUGGUGCCACGGAUCCACAACGCGAACUGGAUGCGGUGGUAGUUGGCUUAGCACCGAGCGAAUUCUACUAUGAAAAUUUGAAUAAAGCUUUCAAUUUACUUAUUGCGAACAAGAAUAACCGACUUGUAGCCAUACACCAAGGAAAAUACUACAAACGAAAAGAUGGUCUAGCUUUAGGGCCAGGCGCUUUUAUUAAGGGGCUGGAAUAUGCAGCUUCAGUAAACUCUGUGUUGAUAGGAAAACCCAAUGAAUAUUUUUUUAAAAGAGCCAUUCCCGAAGGCAUAUGCCCUGAAGAAUGUGUUAUGAUAGGAGACGAUCCAAAUGACGAUGUUGCUGGCGCAAUGAAGUUAGGGCUCAAAGGAAUUCAAGUAAAGACCGGAAAAUAUUUACCAAACAUAGCAGUUACGGAGCAGCCAACGGUAAUUGUGGAAAACUUUUCAGAGGCAGUCGACUGGAUAAUAAAGUCUAAUUUAAAUUGAAUUAAAAAUUCAAUAAAAAUUUGAAUUUCACAGAUUUUUGAAAAAAAAAAACCUGAAAGUAAAUAAACCUCAUACUUAAAAUACCGCAAAAAACAAUAAUUUUCUUGGAAUAAGCACUCUCAGAGGAUGACUACUACACCACUUGGAAAUAGAAACGAUAUUGUGUUAAAUCAGCUGUAAUUCCUCCGAUAACAUUGAUUGCAUACAAAAAAUCGAUUAUAAAAUAAUUACAAAGAAUCGGGACGGAACGGAUAGAAACGAUAUUGUAUUAAAUCAGCUGUAAUUCUCCGAUAACAGGGACUCCACAAAAAAUCAAUUAUAAAAUAAUUACAACGAAUAUAAAAUUGAUAAAUUAUACAAAGUUUCCUGAGUCCUGCAUAAUUAAUUAAUUUUACGAUUGUUUAACAAUUUCCUAAAUGUUUUUUUACAUCACUUUUUUUAUAAUCGCUCUGCUACAUUUCGUUCUAUCAAUUGUUAUUUUGAAUUUGAAAUGUUUAGCAUACGCCUUGAACAUAACCAAUAUUUGACAUACAUACACAUAUGAUGAACGUGUAUAGCUACUGUAAUAUUGAAAUUGUAAUCGAUUAUACUAAAAACAAUAUUUAAAAUUGUAUUUCAAUAUUUUUGUAAUGUCUAAUUAUCAAAGAAAGUCUGUUAAUAAUGUCGGUAAUAAAAAGACUAUGUCUGGAAAAAAUGAAACUAAUUCUGUUUUGAAAGCAAAAUGCAUAAAAAACCGUGGAACAAACCAU